AUGGCAACCUCAGCUCCCGCGUCCGGAAGGGGUGUUGAAGUGAAGCAAGCCUUCAAGCCCUCAUCGUCACUGAGCGGCGCUUUCGAGCACCACGUCGCGUACAAAGCAAUUUUCAGAACGGAGGAGGACGGCACACAGUUCAUCAGCCGGAGGCCCGACACGACGAAUCUUCCUGGAAAAAUCGUUGCAAUAUCCCGCACGACACAUCAAACAGGGUUGUCACGCGCCCCCAUGGGCCUCAUUUCCGCCAUUAUGACCGCCUACAACACUCACUGCGCUCUAGUAGUCAGCCCGGACGACGUGUGGUUGACGAUCCUCUCCCAGUUCUGCGCAUACGUCAACAAGAACGCCGAGGGUUUGCGCGACAGGGUGGUUGAGCAUGAGGGCAAGAAGAAGCUGACAGUGUAUGGGUACGGGUCGUUGGAAACGGCCGACUAUGCGAGGUUGAUCAAGGAUCUCUUAGGACAAAUCAGGCAGAACAUCAAGUCCCCAGAGCUGUUCCUCCCUGGGUUCUCUACUACUACGGAGACAGACGAGGUGUGCGCGGCGGCAACAGCUAUGGCGAGCCUCCAGGAGUGCUUCAACUAUGAAAUGUGCCUCAGGUGUGGCAUUCCGUCGGUGGCCCUGAUGGGCACAGUCGAGGACUGGAAGCUGCUGCGGGAGAAGAUCGAGCGUAUGCUUGAGUUCGAGGUGCUGGACAACCCGGAGGGCAAGGUCAUGGAGCUAUGGGUGGGGUACCUGAGGAAGGUGUGCGACGGGUUCGUGGAGUCGGCGGAGCACCCGGACAGCGCGGCGACGGUUGACUUCUGGGACAAGGUGGGCUGGGUGUCCGCCUUCUCGUGCUUCGACAAAGACGGCAACUUCAUCGGGAAGAACACAGGGGAGGGCGGGGAGUUCCCACUCGUUACUUCACUUUUCCACAACGUUGUUUCGUGCCCUGUGGCCAUCGACGACAACGGAUAUGGGUAUGACGCCACCUUGCUUACAGGACAGGUGGCCUACAGGGCAGAACGAGGUGCCAAGGGGGCAUAUCCGACCAUGUGUCCGCGCAAUGACUGGUGUCUGGCUGUGGCGGUGAAAUGA